AUGCCAAUUCCUGCUGAUUUAUCCACUUUAUUAACUUCAAAAUAUAAUGAAGCAAUCUCAAAUAAUCAUUUGAAAUUCACCGAUUCCACCAUUGCUACAGUCAAAGAUGACAAAACUAAAAUGCCAUAUUACAUCAGAUAUGCCCCAAAUUUAGCUUCGAAACCAGAAAGAGAUUUCGAAACACCAAUGGAAGAUAAAGUUGAUCCAUUUGCUAAUCCAGAACCAGAAUUGACUGUUUUGGAUGAUGUCAAUCAAGAUGGUCAAUAUAGAUUGGUCUUGAACAAAUUUCCUUUAGUACCAGAACAUGCUUUAUUAGUUACCAAGGAAUUUGCCAAACAAACUUCUACUCUAACCCCAUCAGAUUUAAUGACUUCAUUCAAUCUAUUGAAAACCCUUGAUGAUGAUGAUAAAAGACAUAUGGUUUUUUAUAAUUCUGGUAAUGCCUCUGGUUCUUCUCAAGAUCAUAAACAUUUACAAAUCAUUAGAUUACCACAAGAUUAUUUCGGUUUGCAAGAUAAAUUGACUAAAGAUGUUGACCAUUACAUUCCAAAUCAAAAAACUGAACCUUUACAAGAUGAUAAAGUCGCUUUUGCUAAUUUCUCUUUACCUUUACCAGAUGAUGAAUCUGAAAUCACUGAAGAUGUUUUAGCCAUGUCUUAUUUCUCUUUAUUACAAAGAGCUUUAACUUUUUUCUUGGAUUGGACUUCUGAAAAUCCAAACCUUGAUAGAAGUUAUAACGUCUUAUUGACUAAAAAAUGGAUCUCCAUUGUUCCUCGUUCAAAUACUAAAGCUAAAUCCAUGGAUGUUGGUUUCAAUUCUACUGGUUAUGCUGGUUUGGUUUUGGUAAGAACUGAAGAAAUCUUUGAAACUUUAAAGAAAGAUCCUUCUACCAUUGAUAACUUAUUAUUAGAAUGUGGGUUUGGUAAUACCACUGGUGUUAAAGCUGACGAAUAUGAUUAUUAA